AUGGUCUCCAUCGCUUCUACGUUUAAAGCUUUGUGUUUGUCUUUCUUGUUCAUUGUUGUUGCAAGUCGUCCGACUAUCAGACCAAAGGUUUUCAACGUCCGACGCUAUGGUUCUAGACCAGACGGAAAAACUGAUAAUGCCAAUGCAUUCACAAGUGUAUGGAAACAUGCAUGCACAAGGAUAAGUGGAAGUAGUAAAAUCUACGUACCGAAAGGAACAUUCUACCUCGGUGGUGUAGAGUUUGUGGGUCCAUGCAAAAAUCCUAUUGAAUUUGUCAUCGAUGGAACUUUAUUGGCUCCUGCAAACCCUAGGGACAUUAAGCAGGACACAUGGAUCAACUUCCGGUACAUCAACAAUCUCUCUAUCUCCGGUUCCGGUACACUUGACGGCCAAGGAAAAUACUCUUGGCCACUCAAUGACUGCCACAAAAACACCAAUUGUCCUAAACUAGCUAUGACUAUGGGAUUUGCAUUCGUGAACAACUCAAGAAUCAAAGACAUAACAUCACUCAACAGCAAAAUGGGACACUUUAACUUCUUCUCUGUCCAUCGCUUCAACAUUACCGGCGUCACUAUAACAGCUCCCGGUGAUAGCCCAAAUACUGACGGUAUCAAAAUGGGUUCUUGUAGCAACAUUCACAUCUCAAACACAAACAUCGGUACCGGAGAUGAUUGUAUUGCCAUUCUCUCUGGGACCACUAACCUUGAUAUCUCUAACGUCAAGUGUGGUCCUGGACAUGGGAUCAGUGUUGGAAGCUUAGGGAAGAACAAAGACGAGAAAGACGUAAAGCACUUAACGGUAAGAGACACAGUUUUCAACGGCACAAGCGAUGGUAUUCGGAUCAAGACUUGGGAAUCUUCGGCUUCAAAACUCGUAGUUUCUAACUUCAUAUACGAGAAUAUUCAGAUGAUUGACGUUGGAAAACCGAUCAACAUUGAUCAGAAGUAUUGCCCUCACCCACCUUGUGAACAUGAAAAAAAGGGUAAGUCUCACGUUCAGAUCCAAGACAUUAAGUUAAAAAACAUAUAUGGAACGUCGAAUAACAUAGUGGCAGUGAAUCUACAAUGUAGCAAGAGCUUUCCGUGCAAGAAUGUUGAACUAAUUGAUAUUAACCUAAAGCAUACUGGACUCGAGAAAGGUCAUUCCACAGCGAUGUGCGAGAAUGUUGACGGUUCUGUACGUGGUAAGAAUGGUUCCUCAACAUUGUCUAGAUUGACUCAAUGGUCCAUCGAAAAAAUAACCUUUUGGGUUAUACAUGAUAUUUUUAGUUACAUAUUAUUGCCUAAUUUUUGUAUAUAUUUUAUGUUUUAUGUUCUUGUUUAUAUGAUAUCAUGA